GGACCCCGUGGCUGGGGGAUCAAUCAGUCGCGACGGCCGAUGUCAGGAUGCCAGAACAGAGCAACGACUAUCGAGUCGUCGUAUUUGGAGCUGGUGGAGUUGGCAAAAGCUCUCUUGUUUUACGAUUUGUGAAAGGAACGUUUCGUGAGUCAUAUAUUCCUACUAUUGAAGAUACAUAUCGACAGGUGAUAAGCUGUAAUAAAAAUAUAUGCACGCUUCAAAUUACUGAUACAACGGGGUCCCAUCAGUUUCCCGCUAUGCAGCGACUUUCAAUAAGUAAAGGUCAUGCUUUCAUCCUGGUGUACUCGGUAUGUUCGCGACAAAGUUUAGAAGAAUUACGGCCAAUUUGGGCAGUGAUACGAGAGCUCAAAGGACAGGAUAUUUCACAAAUUCCAAUUAUGCUGGUCGGCAACAAGUGUGAUGAGAGUCCUUCAGUUCGCGAGGUAUCAAUGAGUGAAGGUGCUGCUGAAGCAGCUAAUUGGGGUUGUGGAUUCCUUGAGACUUCAGCCAAGACCAAUCACAACGUAAAUGCACUCUUUCGUGAUCUUUUAACACUUGAAAAAAAUCGUUCAGUGUCAUUACAGCCGGUACAAAGCAACAACGCGAUAAGCCUUAAGGAAAAAUGUGCCGUUAUGUAAAUUAAAUUUAUUUCAUUUUGGCUUUUAAUAGUAUAUUAAAUUAAUAAUUAAAUAUGAUCAUUAUAAGAGCAAGCGUAAAUAUAAAAAUGAUAUCAAUAUGUAAGACCAGUCAGUUGAGUUUAAAUAAUCGAUUGGUCUUUAUUAUAUUAUGUUAUUUUAUAUAGAAGAUUAUUUACGAAGCAAAUACGAAAGAAGUUAAUUCAUACUUUUAUCGUAUUAUAAUAAAGUUUGUAAGAACAACUCUGCCGAGUUCUAUAUAUAUAUAUAUUUCAUUGCUAUAGUGUGAUAGUUUAAAUUUUUUUUAGAAAUAAUAAAUAAUUGAAUAAUCGAAAUAUUAUCUAGAUUCGAUAAAAAAAUUCAAAAGCAUUUGUAGUAUGAGUGAAUGUACUCUAUAAAACGCACUAUGAAACGAAAUCAUGUCAUAUCAGAUAUAUUUAUUCAACAAAUAAUUAUACAAAUUAUUAUUUUUUAUCUGUUUUAAAGAUUUUUUAACUUAAGAAUUAUUCAAUAAUUAAAAUAAUCGAUAACUCAGACUUAAUUUAUUUCAUAAUAUUCAAAUGUACAAUUAUCGAAUUAUAUCAUAAAAAUUGACAAAUUUUUGUAAAAGAAAAAUAAUAUUUCUAUUAAAAUAACCAAUUAAUUAAUUACUUAUGGAUUGUGGUACAACUAUUUCAUAUCAAUCACAAAUAUCUUCCGAAUUUUUUGUUUGUUUUUCUACAAAUGAUAUAUUUAAUAAUUUUAUAUUGAGUAAAUUUUUUGAUAGACUUAAAUAUUAUUCAAGUAUUUAUCAUUAAUUUUGAAUGAAUAUUUUUUUUUCUUUUCGAUGUACAACAAUUUUAUAGUAUACAAUAUAUCACACAACGAGAGAAAUAAGUAAAAAAUAUAACGCACAAUCAAUUAAGACAGUAAUUAGUUAUUCAGGAUCUGUGAUUUAUAUAAAUUUAAGUCUGAGUGAUCGAUAUAAAAAAUAAAAGCGAACACCUAUAAUCGUGGCAUCAUUAAUUAUUUUUUUUUUGCAUAGUAAUCAGUAAAUAUAAAUUCAAAGUGCUUUUAAAUGUAAUAAGCUCGAAUAGAUUUGUUUUGAGCCAAAAAAUAAUAACAUAAAUAAAAAUUAUGCGAUAAAUGAUGAAAAUAAACAAUUGUUAUGAGAUUGGUUUUUGUUAAAUAGUUGUAAGAUUUUUGUAAUGAUGCUAUUAACAUUUGUCAUUAUUGUGUGAAGAAUAUUGAGAGAUUAGUAAUAAAAAAUAGGAAAAAACAAUGAGCGAGAGAGAGAGAGAGAGCGAGAAAGGAAGAGAGAGAGAACGAAUACAUUUAUGAUUAAAAAAAAAUACUUUGAUGAUUGUUGAAAUAGUAAAAACUAUUAAUUAAUUACUUAUCAUUAUAAUAGCAAUUUAAUUAGAGAAUCAAUCAUUAGUGAAAUCAUUAAAAAAAUUAUUAAUAUAAUAAAAAAAAAAAAUAUUCAA